AUGAAGUGUGUCAUUGGGGGGGCUCGCCUCAGAGUGUUUGGAAGAGCAAUACAUGCCAUAGCACGUAUUAGUGAUGAAUUUUGGUUUGACCCCAUAGAAAAAGGUCUUGCCUUAAGAUCAGUGAAUUCUUCAAGGUCAGCAUAUGCAUGUAUCUUCUUCUCAUCUAUGUUUUUUCAACAUUACUGCUGGACAGUUGUGUCUCAGCCGUGUCAGAAGGAAAAACAGUUAUCCCUCCCGUGUAAAUUGAUAAUUAAGUCAGUUCUUCCUGUAUUUAGAUACGUAAAAGUGCUGGAAAGGAAUGUAGAGAAAUGCAGCAUUUAUACAAAUAUUGAUGAUCAUCACAUAACUUUUCAGCUCCUCUGCAAGCACGGUGUGGUAAAAACAUAUAAUCUGGCAUUUCAAGAAUGUGAUCCGUUGCUGGCUGUUUUUGCAAAGCACACAUGUCCAAACAUACUUAAAGUCCACUCCAGGCUGCUGGCUGAUAUAAUGAUUCACUUCCCGACCAGUCAAGAAGAAGUAACCUUAUCAAUUACUCCAAUGAAAGUUUGUUUCAAGAGUUACACCGAGGAAGACACCGAUUUUUCAAAGACAAUGCUUACUGAAAUACAACUAAACCCAGAGGAAUUUGACUACUUUCAAGUUGGAGUAGAUUCUGAAGUGACGUUCUGCCUUAAAGAACUGAGGGGACUACUAGCGUUGUCAGAAGCUACCAGUGCUCCCGUCUCAAUCCAUUUUGACGUGGCUGGAAAACCAAUUGCUUUCAGUGUUGAAGAUAUGGUGCUGGAAGCCAGCUUUAUUUUGGCGACGUUGUCCGAGGUUGAAAAGGAGCGAGCUUCCCAGCAGCCCCCCUGCUCAUCGCAGCGGCAGGAAAGCUCGAAGACACAUACGGGUAAAUCUGAGAAAACCGCCGUGGAUAAAGAUGGCAACGCCAAAGCAGCUGCUUCCAAAAAGCCACAGUGGAAUGGAAACGCACCGACCAGAGAGGCAGCGAAACGCGCAAGUCCUUUGGCGAAGCAAGAGAUUAACAGUCUUCCCAGGGUCGCCAAGAAAGGCGCGCCAGGCACGGGAGGAACGGCUGGGGCCGAGGCAGAGGACCGCGCAGUGCUGGAAGGAGAGGCAGCGGGGUCUGGCUACUGGAAGUUUCAUUCCCUAUUUUUUGGAGCAGUUUCUUGUAAGAAGGAUGCCAUCGGUCACACCUCCCACAGUUUAGCAACAGCUAGCGACACCGAAGAGGACUUUGGCAACAUGCAGAGCUCCCCUGUUCUCUAG